AUGGCGGAAAACAACGACGCGCAGCAUGAGCACACCUUCGAGUCCGCCGACGCCGGUGCCUCGGCCACCUACCCCAUGCAAUGUUCCGCCUUGAGAAAGAACGGUUUCGUUGUCAUCAAGGGUCGUCCAUGCAAGAUCGUCGAAAUGUCCACCUCCAAGACUGGAAAGCACGGUCACGCCAAGGUCCACUUGGUUGCCCUCGACAUCUUCACCGGCAAGAAGAUGGAAGAUCUUUCUCCAUCCACCCACAACAUGGAGGUUCCCAACGUCACCCGUCGUGAAUAUCAACUGCUUGAUAUCACUGAUGACGGUUUCUUGUCCCUCAUGUCCGAGGACGGUACCACCAAGGACGAUGUCAAGAUCCCGGACGGGGAGAUUGGUGAAAAGAUUGAGAAACUCUUCCGUACCGAAGAGAAGGAUACCAACGUCAUCGUCUUGACUGCCAUGGGCGAAGAGACCGCCAUUGAUGCAAAGGAGGCUCCCAAAUAG